GUUCACUGACACCCCCCUCUCUCACGUAUUUGUGCAGAAUCCACAUCACUUUCACCUUUGUGCAGAGGGAAGUGGCUCUAACCUCCAAAACUACUUUUCCCCUUAUAUGUGCAAGGGCUAACACUGAUUGUUGUUACAUUUUGAUUACAGUGAAACCAAACCAACAAAAAAAACCACCCAUAUUGGAUUAACUUCCUGUGUUGCAAGAGAAGGGGUUAAAAAAAAAAACCAAACCCUGAACACAAAAGCCAUGAGAGACCGACUGCAAGAGCUUAAACUGAGGGCUAAGGAGCUGCAGAUAGCUGGAGAAAACAGCAGUGCAGCUGUCCAAGAAGAGGAGCAGGAGUUUGAACAGCAGGCCAUCAUUUACGAGAAAGAGCCCAUAACCGAAAGGCACCUGCACGAAAUCCAGAAGCUUCAGAAUGAAAUCAAUAACCUGGUGGAAGAAGUGAACAAAUUCAGCCAGCAACAAAAAAGCCUGGUGUCCUCAAUGAGGAGAUUCAGCGUGCUGAAAAAGGAAUCUAACCUAGCCAGGGAGAUCAAAAUCCAGGCAGAGCACGUGAGGAAGUGUUUGGAUGAGCUGUCGAAGGCGGUGAAGAAAGCUGAAAGCGAGCACGGGCCCUCCCGGGCCACGGUGAGAAUCCUGAGCUCCCAACACGCCUUCCUGUCCCACCGCUACCUCCACGCCAUGCUCUCCUACAACGAGGCCAUCACCGCCAAGCAGGACAAGUGCAGGAGGUUCAUCGUCCGUCAGCUCGAGGUGGCUGGCAAGGAGGUGUCUGAGGAAGAAGUCAAUGACAUGCUCCAACAGGGGAAAUGGGAGAUCUUCAACGAAAACCUCCUGACUGAAGCCAAAAUAACCAAAGCUCAGCUCUCGGAGAUCGAGCAGAGGCACAGGGAACUCGUCAGUCUGGAGAACCAGGUCAGAGACAUAAAGGAACUGUUUAUCCAGAUAUCGGCGCUGGUGGAGGAGCAGGGGGAGAUGAUCAACAACAUAGAGAUCAGUAUGAACAACACUCAAGAAUACACUCAAGUAUCUAAAGAAAAAUUUGGGCUUGCAGUCAGGUACAGAAAGAGAAACCCCUGCAGAGCAAUUUGCUGCUGGUGCUGUCCGUGCUGCAAGUGAUAAAAGAAAUGAACUCCUGGAAAUACCACUGGUUCCUACACAGCAAACCGAUCCUGAAAAGCAGCCUUGGGAUCCCAUUGUCCCUUCAGGGGAAAACUCUCUCUGUUUAUCCAAACAGAGUUAGAAGAGUGCAAAGAAUUUUAUGGUUCUCACACAAACACAUGAAUGAGGGGAAAGGAUCAAAGGACAAAAGUGCCACUUUUUUGUUCUUCUGACUCCAACUAAAACAGUGUGGCUACAAACUACCUGUGCUUUUGGGAAGCAUUGAGAACACUGUUAUCUCAAAGACAGAUUUCAUAAUAAUGGUCUAGUUGCUUUUCACAAAAUAAUAAUUGGUAUUUUUAAUUGCCUUGUGUUUUUUAGCGCUUUUAUUUACUUGAUUCAAAUUCUAAGGGUUAUUUUCCCCCCAGAAAUCUGAAAUUCUACAAAACCAAUCUGCACAUAAAGCAGACCCCAUUAGUAACAACGCAGAAGGUGAUGCCUAAACCAAACAAGAAGUCAGAAGAGAGUUACCUGGAGUGUUUCACUCCUACCUCUAUAGGAAAAGUUACUCACAGACAUUAGGUUAUUUA